UCGGCUCAUGCGCAUUAUGAAAAUUCCAAAAUGGAGGAUUCGCGUCCGUUGCGACGGAAAAUGACUUUCAAAUUGCUGUAAUUCAUAGCGCAAAACUUAAACAAAAAAUUGGUAAACAAAUGAGAAAGACAUGCUAAUAUUUAUUCUAUGACCAAGCUUCACUAACAGAUAAAACUAUCAUCUUGUAAUUUUCAAUGGCUGUUGCACAGGACUCCUUGUAUUACAGGCUUCAAAGUAUGAAUUCCAGUCUACAAGGACGUCCUGAAAGUGCCCUUGGGGCACGAGGGGUACAAAUAACAGAGUUUAAGGAAUCCAGGAUUAACCCUGAACCAAUUGUUUUAGAAGAUAGUGAAAUUUUAAUGGAACAGUAUUUAUCUCCUGGAAAACUGAAAUCUUUAACUGGAAUACAGAAUUUAGAAGAUGUAAGAAGUUUAGAAUUGAAAGUAGAUACCUCAGAUACCAGUUUAGGAAACUUUGGUUCAUUAUUACCAUGUUUGUCACAACUUAAACUUUCUAAUAGUUGUAUACCUUAUAUCAGGGACUUAGGAUCUUCAUUACGGACAAUACAGAUAUUAUGGAUGUCUAGAUGUGGACUGUUAGAAUUAGAUGGAAUCUCCUCGAUGAUCAGUUUAACUGAAGUAUAUUUAUCAUAUAAUGAAAUAUCUGAUAUCAGUCCUAUAAGCAUGCUAGAUAAUUUACUGAUAUUAGAUUUAGAAGGAAAUAAUGUAGAAGAUAUAUCCCAGGUACAGUUCUUAGGAAUGUGUACACAGCUGAACAGACUGACCCUAGAGAGUAAUCCUGUUUGUGUUACACCUUCUCCAGAUAGUGAGCAGGAGGAGUAUGACUAUAGACAAGCAGUGAAGAAAGUUGUACCUCAGUUAUGUUACUUAGAUGAUGAGGUGCUAACACUUGAGGCAUCUCCGACAAAGAAAACUAAUGUGUUUGAUGCUGACUGGGCAUAUCUGGAGGAAUUACAGAAUGAUCUCAAUCUGAAAGAUGAUUCUGAUGACAAUGAAUCUUCGGGACCUCCUAGUCGACCUGGUAGUGCCUCUCUUAGACCCACAACUGGUUAUAGACCUGGAACUGUAUUACGACCAGGGACAGGGUUUAGACCUGCUACCGGCUCAAGACGUCCAGCUACAACUAUUGGAGCAAGAGCAGCAACAGCUAGACCUGGUUCCUCAGGGAACAGACCAAAUACAGAUGGUACUGCUGUACUAACAGAUGACUCUGUCAGUGAUCUGACUUUGGGUAAAGUUGUCUGUGGUAACCCAUCUAAAGCUCUUAUUGCAAGGAGGAAAUAUAACCAACCAAAGGAGGCUACCCAAGUUAAAUUAUUCCCACAAUAUCAGCAUACAACAGAACACACAUUUGAUCUCCCACCUGAAGAUGAAAGAGACAGGGAAGAAAUAACAAGUGAACUGAUAGAAUGGAAAAAGCUACAUGAGAAGAGAAUGGAGAAAAUAAAAGAAUCGAGGGUCCCCCAAGUAUUAGUUAUUAACCAUGAUGAACAUGAUGAUGCUAUUAGUUUAUCUGGAGAUGAAGAUGAAAUUACUACAGAUGAAGAAUUAGAUGAUUUUAUGGAAGGCAUUACUAAGAUAGAACAAGCAAACCAAACCGUGUCAAAUCCACGAAGAUUAGGAAGUGGUGGUGAAAGAAAACAAAUAUCUCCAACACAACUUGAAGAAUCAUUAGAAAUAGAUAGACAGUUCUCUGAUCCUACUAUAAAUCAACACCCAUUAGAACCUCCUCAACCAAUUCCUCCUAUUAAAUCAUCUCCGAUAUCUGCAAUGAGGGGAUCAAGUCCACCUGUCCUGGGUAGAAUACCUUCUAGAUCCAGCGUGCCAUCUGGUGAAGGAAGACCAGUACAUCUAGCAAGAUCUAACCUUUCUUCCUUAGUAGGAAGCUCAUUAAGCCCUGCAUUUGAGAACAGACGACCUAUAGGUGCUAUAGACACUAGUAAGCCAAUGAUACAAACACAUUCACCGCCAGUGAUACCUUUACAUAGGCCUGGUACAGCUAAUGCUGUUUUACAACCGUCGUCAACACAACAUAGAAUACGUAGACAAUUACCACAAGUUCCUGGAUUACCAUCAAAACCACCAUUACCAAGAUAGAAAUCAACAUUGUUUUAUAAAGUAUUUCUAGUCUUUCAAUUCUUCAAGAAAAAUUGUUAAAAUCAUGAAUUUGCAUUGAGAUCUUUGUUUUUCGCUUUAACAAAAUGUAUGUCUAUGGAUGUUGAAUACAGCCAAGAGAAUGGUCAAAGGAGGAUUCAGGGUGUUUAUUACUGUGAUAUAUUCAAAAUAUAUGAAAAUAAUAUAAAAAUACCAAUAUGUAAUGAAGUGGAUGUUCAGAGCCAAGAUUUAACUGCUGAUUAAGGAUGAUGUUGUAUUCACUAUAAAACAAAAUCAUGAUCUUAACAUUAAGUCAGCUAUUGCUUAAACAUUUUUUUAUGAAAUUCUUUAUGGAAUUUAAUCAUUUGAAAAUGAAAUAUUCUCUGUACACUAUUAAAUUUUGCCAGUAUUAUGCCAGUUUCUAUGUGUUUAAUUUCAAAAUUGAAAUGCAAUUAUUCAUAUCCGAUUUAAAAUUUGCUUAUGUUGU